AAGAAGAAGAAAUAAAGAGGACGAAGAAGAAGCUCACACGUGUUUACAGCACGUCCGCUUGAGUCGUCUUUCAACCUUUUCGUCAUCUUGUCAACCACCGAAACGAGAUAAUUUCAACGCGUCGCUUAUAAAAAAGCAAGUUUUAAACGCCGACAUGGCUCAGAAGAAGAAGCUGACCAAGAAGAAGAAACCCCCGGCUGGCAAAGAACUGGACGCCGACUCUGACGUCGGAGUCUUCGAAGUGGAUGUCCAACUCAAAGACGAUGAUUCCCCCAGGGGCAAGCUGUUGCCCUUCCCCGCCCCUUCAGACUGCCUGUCUGAUGUGGAACCGGACACCAGGAAGCUGGUCCGAGCCCAGAACAAGAAGAAGAAAAAGUCUGGAGGAUUUCAGUCCAUGGGCCUGUCUUACCCCGUCUACAAGGGCGUCAUGAAGAAAGGCUACAAGGUGCCGACCCCAAUCCAAAGAAAGACAGUCCCAGUCAUUCUGGACGGCAAAGAUGUCGUCGCCAUGGCUCGGACAGGCAGCGGCAAGACGGCCGCUUUCCUGGUGCCCAUGUUUGAGAAGCUGAAGGCGCCGCAAGCCCAGACGGGUGCCAGGGCCCUCAUCCUUACCCCCACCAGAGAGCUGGCUCUGCAGACCAUGAAGUUCACAAAAGAGUUGGGGAAAUUCACAAAACUGAAGACAACGCUGAUCCUUGGUGGAGACAGUUUGGAGGAGCAGUUUGCUGCGCUUCACGAGAACCCUGACAUAAUCAUCGGUACCCCCGGCCGUCUCAUGCACGUCGUCCAGGAAAUGAAUCUGAAGUUGAAUCACGUUGAGUACGUGGUGUUCGACGAGGCCGACAGGUUGUUUGAGAUGGGCUUUGCCGAGCAGCUCCAGGAGAUCAUCAGACGGCUUCCUGACAUCAGACAGACGUUGUUGUUCUCUGCCACGCUGCCCAAAUUGCUGGUGGAGUUUGCCAGAGCCGGGUUGACAGAACCAGUGCUGAUUCGUUUGGAUGUGGACUCCAAGAUCAGUGACCAGAUCACGCUUUCCUUCUUCCACUUGCGAGUGGAUGACAAGCCGGCGCUGCUGCUCCACCUCCUGAGGAACGUGGUCAAGCCUCAGGAGCAGACGGUGGUUUUUGCCGCCACCAAACAUCACGUGGAGUACAUCAAGGAGUUGUUGUCGUUAGAAGGGCUGGACUGCGCUUACAUCUACAGCGCCCUGGAUCAGACGGCCAGGAAGAUCAACAUCGGGAAGUUCGUACACCGCAAGGCCAUGGUGCUCGUUGUGACGGACGUGGCCGCUCGCGGUAUCGACAUCCCGCUGCUGGAUAAUGUCAUCAACUACAACUUUCCCUCCAAGUCAAAGCUGUUCUUGCACAGAGUCGGUCGUGUGGGCAGAGCGGGGCGCAGCGGAACGACCUACAGUAUGGUGUGUCCGGACGAGGUGCCUUUUGUUUAUGACCUUCACCUUUUCCUGGGAAGACCCGUACAGUUGGCCACCCUAGAGCAGUCGGCAGAUUUAGAUGGCAUUUUCGGUCGCGUGCCUCAGAGCAUCCUGGAUGACGCAGUCGUCAGCCUGAUCACGGCGCACGAGAACUCCCUGGACCUGCAGAACCUGCACCACGUCUCGGAGAACGCCUACAAGCAGUACCUCAAAUCCCGGCCCAACCCCUCGCCGGAGUCCAUCAGACGAGUGAAGAACCUGGACCUGAGCUACAUGGCCGUCCAUCCUUUGCUGAGGUCCGGAUUGGAGAAAAGUGAGCUGGAACGUCUUAACAUGGUUGACGCCAUCAAGGGCUACAGAUCCAAAUCUACCAUCUUUGAAAUCAACCCCAGGAGCAAGACGCUCGCCACUGAGGUGAUGCGAGCCAAGCGCUCCAAAGACUCACGGCUGGUGGACAGAUUCAGCAAGCACAGAGAAAGUCUGGCUGCGGAGAGGCUCCUUCAUAACCCCGUCAGUGUCCCAGCCGGAGAAGACGCUGCCGACUCAGGCGAGGAUGACGCGUUACAGGAGGUUUUCUCCGAGGUGGUUGGUGGGAAAAGGAAGAGUCAUCAGGUCGGAGGAGAAGAGCGUCCAAAGAAAAAGCGAAACAAACGUGUGGCGGUCAAAGAUGAGGAGUACUACAUUCCUUACAGACCCAAAGACUUCAACUCGGAGAGAGGGUUAAGUUUGAGCGGAGACGGCAACACCUUUGAAACGCAAGCCUCCUCCGCCGUCCUCGACCUCAUGGGAGACGAAGGAGAACGACUCAACCAGCACAAGAAGAUCAUGAAAUGGGACCGGAAGAGGAAGCGCUUCGUAACAGAAACAGGCAAAGAUGACCAAAAGAACAGGAUUAAACUCGAGGGGGGUCAAACCAUCCACAAGAAGAAGAACAGGAAAAACUUUUACGAGGAGUGGAAGAAGAAGUACAAAAUUGAUGACGGAACCGCGGGCUCGGAUGGGGAAGGAGGCGGAGGAGGAGGAGGAGGAGGAGGGAGGAGGCCACCGAAAGGUCACGGUCGCAGUUCUACGGGUUCCCAGUUCCUGGCCAACGGUAGCAGGGUGCGCUCGGAGCUCAAAACCAGCCAGCAGAUCCUGAAGGAGCGCAAGAAGCAACAGAAGCAUCACUUCCUACAGAGUGGAGGCCUGAAGAACAUACGCGCCAAGAACAAGAAAUGGGUGGGAGACGUUAAGAAGUCCGGCUUCGGUCGAGGCAGCCAAAAGAAGGGCAAGAUGAGGAAGAGGAUGUGAGAAUGAGCAACGACGUCGUAUUUCAGCAUUUAAUGUGGAAAUGCUUGUUUUGGAUUUACGUCGUCAUUGUGGUGAACUCUCCAAAUUGGAAUGUUUGCGAAUGACUUAUUUGGUGCAUUUUUGAGUGCUCUACUGUGUACAUAUAACAUAAUUCAUUUGGAAAAAUAGAGAUAAAAAGGGUCAACUUUU